CGGAUUUUGUAAUUUUCUAAUUAGAGUUUAAUUUUUUGUAUUUUGAAUAUAUAAAGAUGCAAUAAAAACGUGUACCAUGUUAGAUAAAGUCGAACUUCUCUGUGUAUUAGCUUUUCUUAGAUAUGGAGAAGGCGGCGGACCUGGUGACGGCUUUGGAGAAGGCAACCCUAAUGGCAAAGCAGCUUCCAUCCACCGCCACCGCCACAGGCUCUGGAAAUAUCUACGCCUCCCUCCACGCUGCUCACUGCCAGCUCUCUCUCUUCCUCCUCGCUCACACCGCCCAACCCUCUGCAGAUGUAACUGAUGGUGAUGAUGCGCUGAUGGAAGUUACCGACGAAGAGCAACAAGUGGUUGAAGGAGCGAGGGAGGAGGAUUCGAAGAUGACUUUGAUUGAUUUGGUGGAGGAACGGAUGAAAAGUUGCUUUGUUCAGAAGAACAAGCGGCCAAAACGGCCGUUAUCGCCGACGUCGUUGGCCGCUGGGGAGAAGAGUCGGUGGUUGGAGUACGAAAGUGAAUCGGCUAGGGCUGGAGUUGAUUACGAUCCUCUUUUAAUGAAAUUGAGGGCUUUGGAUCUAAUCUAUCAGUUCCAUUGUUGAAUCCAGAACAGUUUAGGAUUAUUACCGAUGCAUUACUUUUACCAUAAAAGUUGUUUCCAAAUCGAGUAUUUGGAGCCGGUAGUGUGGAUGCAAUUACAAUUAACAAACUUUGAUGUAUAUAUUUUUUACUCAAAAGAAAUCCAAAUUGUUUUACUUUCUCGAGUUA